CCAACCCCAUUUUUGACCCUCGUUUCCCCCAGACCCCGACGUCCUGGACACGUGGUUCUCUUCCGCUCUCUUUCCCUUCGCCGCUCUGGGGUGGCCCGAGGAGACCCCCGAUCUGCGUCGUUUCUACCCCACAACCCUCCUGGAGACGGGCAGCGAUCUGCUCUUCUUCUGGGUCGCGCGCAUGGUGAUGUUGGGGCAGGAGCUCACCGGCCACCUGCCCUUCUCCCAGGUGCUGCUGCACUCGCUGGUGCGCGACGCGGCGGGGCGGAAGAUGAGCAAAUCGCUGGGGAACGUCGUUGACCCCCGGGACGUCAUUGGUGGGGCGUCGCUUCAGGAGCUGCAGGAGAAGCUGCGCCGCACCAUCCUCGACCCCCAUGAGCUGGCAGUGGCCUCAGAGGGACAGAAGCGCCAGUUCCCCCACGGCAUCCCCGAAUGCGGCACUGAUGCCCUCCGCCUUGCGCUGUGCUCCCACAAUGCUCACGGUGAUGACAUCCGCCUGGACGUGGCCGCCGUGUUGAACCAGCGCCGCUUCUGCAACAAAGUCUGGAAUGCCGUCAAGUUCGUCCUCGCCGCCCUCGGUCCCCGCUUCGUCCCUCGACCCCCCGAGGAGACGGCCCCACGCGCUCCCAUGGACCGGUGGGUGCUGAGCCGCCUGGCGCGGGCGGUGGGCGAAUUUGGCAAGAGGAUGGAAGCUCUGGAGGUGCACGGGGCCACGGCUGCUGCGCAGCACUUCUGGCUCAGGUCCUUCUGCGACGUCUACUUGGAGGCCGUCAAACCCUCUCUCCGCCGCCCUGACCCGGAUCCCACCACGCUGCAGACGCUGCUGAGCUGCGCCGAGUUGGGCCUCCGUCUCCUCGCUCCGCUCUCCCCCUUCUUGGCUGAAGAAUUAUGGCACCGCCUUCCCCGUGCCCCCCCGGCACCCCCCACCCUCUGCCUCGCUCCGUUCCCCUCCGCCGCCAUGUUGGCCCAUUGGCUCUGCCCGGAAGUGGAGGCGGAAGUGGAGGCCAUGAGGGAGGUGGUGAGGACUGUGAGGGCUCUGAGGGAUGCGUUCCGCCUCGGUGCUGCACGGCCGCGUGUGGCAGUGCGAUGCCCAGCAGCGCUGCAGGACGCCAUGUUGGAUUUGAGCCCCACACUCCAGGCGUUGGCACAGGCGGGGCCCGUGGAGCUCCUCCCCCAGGGGGCGGGGCCGGAAGUGGGGCCUGGAUGGGUGGGGGCUCCCGCAGGGACCGGGAUCCACGUCCACAUCUGUCUGCAGGACCUGGUGGACCCCCACUCUGAACGUGCCCGGCUCCAGGCCCGCAGCCUCAGCCUCCAGCGCCGC